CUUAGAAACUCCCCGUCAGCGCUUCGCUUCCUGAAAUCCAUCUUGUAUCACAGCAUGAGGUUCCAUCGUAUGCACACAGUCCACGACGAGCGACUAUGGCAUUCGAAAAUUGACACCAAACCAAGUUUCUCUUUGGAGACAUGGCAGCAUGCAGGGCCCGCUAACUCGGAGGUACACGGUGCCCCAUUGGUAUGGGAAGUUGACGGUACUUCCAGGGAUUUCACUGAGAUAAAUUCCAAUCCAGAGCAAUCUUCUUUGGACCGUAAUUUUGACGAUGAUUCGGAUGCUGUAGCCAUGGAGGAUUUUGAUUUCCCGGAGGAUAGACUUCAAGUUGAGAGCUUAGAGGAUGAACUCAAGGGUCUAACAGAGCACGAAAAGCAGCUAGCUGUGCAGUAUAGGAUGGCAGAAUCCGAUACCGAAUCUCGCCACAUCGACUCAGUAGCUGUCUUUGAAGAGACAAAGCACAGGGCGAUGAGCGAUGAUGAAUCUGCUUAUCCAUCGUUUGAAAAACUCCAUAGGCUCCGUCACCUGCGCACACAGCUUUAUGAGUUAGGCAAAGGGUUUGGGUCCAUCAAACUCAAGCCAUUUCCUAGAAUUACAUUAACAGAAAGACCACACGGCAUCGAUGCCUCGCGGUUCUGGGCUGUCAUCAUUGGAAUUGACGGAUACAAGAGGUAUCCACUGUGCGGCUGUGUGGCAGAUGCAUUAUUGAUGAAGACGUACUUGGAGAAAGAUCUCAAGGUUCCCAUAAACCGCAUACAACUUCUCCUUGGCAAGAAAGAUACGCCCUCUAACGAUCCUUCCAUUCCUUCACGCGACAAUAUCACGAACACGCUUUGCAGUCUCAUCAGCAACCCCAACAUCAAGAAAGGAGACAACAUCGUCAUAUUUUUUGCCGGUCAUGGCUCAAGCUACACUUGCUCGGAAUGUCCGAGAGAUGUUGAGGAAAGGAAGUCAAGCAUUCCAGAUGUACGCGUCUCGACACUCAGCUACAGCGCAAAAAACAAAGGCUACGAACGUAUCGACGCUUUCUGUCCUACCGAGGCUCUUUGCCCCAUCGACCGUGACAUCAUCGAUGCCAAUGGACACAAAAUUCCUGACAUCAGCGAUCGAGAGAUUAAUACGAUUCUCUAUGAAAUUUCGCGGGCUAAAGGGAAUCAAAUCACCGUCAUCCUCGACUGCUGCCACUCUGCUAGUAUCACUAGAGACCCAAAAUCUAGAGUGCGCAGUGCUCUUCCCCUGACCGAUGGGCGCGACGUUAUGUUUCUCAUUGGGAUGCAGAACCUGAUGCGCAUAUCCAACCGUACUUCAAUAAUGGAGCAGAGAUGGCGUCCAGACAUGUCUUCUCACGUAGUUGUGGCGGCGUGUAAUGACUACGAAUUCGCAGGGGAGCACGAGAUGGAGGGAGAGUUUCAUGGGUUUUUUACCCAUUCGCUCGUUAAGGCUCUCAGAUCAGGGUUCUGGACGAAAGAGAUGACAUAUGUCGAUCUUGUCCAGGGUCUACAAUCAAGGCGCAGGCAGACACCAGUUGUUGCUGGUGAUUAUAUGCGCUCGCGCCUUUGGUACCAGACAAUGUGAAUGAAUCAUCUCUUUGCAACUAAGGUUGCUAGGUCAGUUGAUGGAUAACGUAUAACAAUAGAUAAUAUCACCCUAAUAUUGGAAUUUGUAUGAUCGUAGAUUGGUAU